AAGUGUCCUCAGAACUUGUUUGCUGUCGUACACAAAUUUUUUGAGAAUUACAUGUCUUGGUAUGCUGUUGCUCGCCACUCUCCUUUUCCCUUCUCUUAUUACAUUUAUUGCUCUCUGGUCUCCUGCCACUUUCUUUUCUUUUUUUACGUUCCUGCUAUGCCCACCAAACGGCAGAAACCUCGGGCAGUAACGGAUCACAUCUCUAGUAAUCUUUUUCUUAUUCUAGGGAUUUCCAGACUGGAAUGGGAGGGAGAACCAGGAACAGCCCAAAUAUUACCUAUUCAUAUUUUCCAAGCAAAGCUGUGUGUGGAAAAUCGUCUCUUCGCUCUUCAUUUCACAUCUAUUUAACUAACGGCGCUGUGGUGCACAAAUGAAGAUCCUGGCCAAGAACGAGAUUUCCAAAAUGGCUUUGCUCCUUCCGAGCUGGCAUGGGUCUCUGAAAUGCAAUUUAUUUCCACUGCAACCAACCCUUCUCUCCACCCAAAUAUUACCUAGGACACAGACAGCUGAACCUAAACUAGUGUAGACAAUUGAAUCACAUCUGCUAAAUCAGUAGAAAGCCAGCACAGCCGUUGGACUGACGUGAAAGGAGCGUGAAAAGGAAAAGAAAAAAAGACAACAAAAAAACAGAACACCGCACGAUGCAAAGCCGAAGGGCGGGCGUGUUCCAGAAUCGCGCCUCCCGCGCCGCGGCCCCGCCCCUCCGCCCCGCCCCCAACCCGGCCACGCCCGACGUGAGGCGCGGGAGCCGCCGGGCCGGGGGCGGGAUCUGCGCCGCUCCUCCCUCCGCCGCUGCCGCCGGCGGCCUCCGCGCGGGCCUCCCAGUCCGUAUUCCACUCACUUUGUUCUCCGCCUUUGUCCUAAUCCACACCAGCAGGUGGAGCCGCAGUUAAAGUUUGCGAGUCCGUUCAGGGAGCGGGAGCCCAUCUUGCUCGCGGCCGAGGCCCUCGCUGGAGGAGGAGGGCCAAAUCUCGGGCGCAGCCAAUCGCGGGCAACACUGCCAGUUAUCAGAGCAGAAUGGGCUGUAGUUUAGUGAAAUAGGAAAGCUGCAAAACACUGUGGAGUGCUCCCGUGUAAAUAAAAAGAGGAAAAAAAAAAGUUUCUCAAGUCGCCGCUGCACGACGUCGGGCCGGCGCGGGGGCGGGGGUCUGCGCUCUCCCAAGCGGCCGCGCGCUGGACUUUAUUGUGCCGCAACAAGCCCCGGUUCCCAUUGUUUGUGUUUUUUUCAAAAUAUGGCAAAGGUUCAGGUGAACAAUGUAGUGGUGCUGGAUAACCCUUCUCCUUUCUACAACCCGUUCCAGUUCGAGAUCACCUUCGAGUGCAUCGAGGACCUGUCUGAAGACUUGGAAUGGAAAAUUAUCUACGUGGGCUCUGCAGAAAGUGAAGAAUACGAUCAAGUUUUAGACUCUGUUUUAGUGGGCCCUGUUCCUGCAGGAAGGCAUAUGUUUGUAUUUCAGGCUGAUGCACCUAAUCCAGGACUCAUUCCAGAUGCAGAUGCAGUAGGUGUAACAGUUGUGCUAAUUACAUGCACCUAUCGAGGUCAAGAAUUUAUUAGAGUUGGCUAUUAUGUAAAUAAUGAAUAUACCGAGACAGAAUUAAGGGAAAAUCCACCAGUAAAACCAGAUUUUUCUAAGCUUCAAAGGAACAUUUUGGCAUCUAAUCCCAGAGUUACAAGAUUCCACAUUAACUGGGAAGAUAACACAGAAAAACUGGAAGAUGCAGAGAGCAGUAAUCCAAAUCUACAAUCACUUCUUUCAACAGAUGCAUUACCUUCAGCAUCAAAGGGAUGGUCCACGUCAGAAAACUCACUAAAUGUCAUGUUAGAAUCCCAUAUGGACUGCAUGUGACCGACCACCUUCCAUCCCUUUAGUAAAAAUUAAGCUAUAAAAACACACAGAACUAUUUCCUUAAUAUUCCAUAAGUACAUAGUCAAGACACAAUGUGAAGAAUUUGUUUAAAAAAUAUCCUGUAGAAAGUUUAUAAGAAAACCAGUAUUUGAGCAAAUUGUGGAAUAUAAAUACAACUAUUUUUAAGUAAUUUUUUUCUCUAAUGUGUUAUUUUAUUCUGAAACUAAUCUGAUUAAAAUAUAUAUAUUAUUUUCUUCUCCUGUAUAUGUAAUUAGAGCACUUAUAAAGACAUAUUAAUCAUUAGACCAGGUUGUAAAGAUGUUUAAACUAAACUCUUGGAUGAUAACCUUUGGACCACUAUUUUACUGGCCUUCAAAAGAAGAAAGUUCACUUCAACUAAAAUGUUCCUUUCUGUGAUAAUAUAUAGUUUAAUUUAAUUUAAAGGGCAAAUUUCCAUUCUCUUUUGGCAUGUCCUUGUAGAAGGGAUUUGAAGUCAAACUAUAUGCUACCCAAAAUGGUAGGAUCUGAUUUUUCUGGGCCACCUUGAAGCUUCUUAUGGCUACUAUUACAAUUCAUGUACUGUUAGACAGCAUUCAGUUUGGCUUCUAAGAUAAUAACAAAUGUGGUUAAAUGUUUAUAAGGUCCUCUGGUUAUGUUUCUUGUUUUUAUAACAGUUUAGGACAUCAGGUCACUCUCUGAAUCACAUACCAUUAUUACCCAGUGAAUUAAACAUGUCAAGAGCAGACACAAACUCUCUAAGUUUAAGAAUAGGAUAUUACAAUAACUUAGAUUUGUUCAUUAGAUUUAUAAAAAUACAAUGAAUUUAACUCUUUAAAGUUGAUUUGAUCAUCUGUUGGCAGCAUUUAUAUAAAAACAGUGGAUUUGGGAAGGUAUAUUUAGCUUUAUCAUAAUAGAUAAGUUACUAUUUUGGAAAUACAUAUAUUUUCACACAUGUAGUACUCUUCUCCAUAUCCCCUGACAUGCAUGCAGACUAAGAUUACACCUAUCUGUGGUUGACAUAUUCUAGAUAGCCCUUCCAGGUAAGCUUUUUUAAAGCAAUCUUGGAAAGGAAAUAAUUAACACUGGGCCAAAAGGUUCUUUUUCUUUGGUGAGAGCUAGGUCCUUCCUCAAAGUUUCUUAUGCUCCAUUAAAUUAAGUGUAGUAGAAUAUUCUCAUUACUCUUGCUGCUAAGCAAGACAUUAUUAGCCAUAUGAUGCAGAGUUAUGCAGUGCCUUCAUAUCUAAAACUUUUAUACUGCACUUUUUAAAGCUUUUAUUUUGAGGAAGGGAAAAGGGCAUUUGUCUGAAUAUGGAUUCUAAGUUGUAUAUAUUUCAUGUCAUUCUAAAAAAGUGAAUUUGUGAAGCAAAAUUUUGCUAAAUGUUAAACUUUGAAAUUUAAUAUACCAGAUUAUUAAAAUACUGUCCACUAACUAGUUCAUAGACUGCAAAAGUAAAAUACGUCCAACUGUUAAAACUAUAUGAAGAAAAUUUCAUUUUUGUCUAAUUGCAAUUAAAAGAAAAUGUUAAAAUAUUAAAAUGAAAAUAAAACUUUCCAACAGA